AUGGAUUUCAAGACAUGCACGUGUAGGAUUUGGGACAUUAGUGGUAUCCCAUGUGCUCAUGCUCUUGCAGUGCUAACCUACACUAGGGGUAGAGUGGAGGAACUAUGUGACAAAGCCUUUCACAAGGACAUGUAUGUGAAAGUAUACAACCACUUUAUACAUGCCCUACUUGGUGAGAAAUAUUGGUCACUUGUUGAUUACAUUCCAGUUAGACCUCCAGCAAUGAAGAGAAGACCAGGUAGACCUCUAGUCAGUAGAAGGAGGGAGGAAGAUGAAUCAGGACCAUCAUAUUGUGUCCCAUUAGAGCACAUGACUGUUAGACGUUCCAUUUGCAUUGGUCUAUGGAACAAUAUAAGGAAUUGUUGUUCUCCACCCCAGUGCCACUAA